CUUUACUCCCCAUGUCCUGACACGGAGUUCAGCCAGUCACUGGCCAGCUUUUCUGCUCCCGCCUCCUCCUGGGCUCAGGGAGCUGAAGAUCCUCUUGAGGUGUUGAUGAGCUGCAGGAAUUAAUAGCGCAGGUUGCCCAUAUGGACGAAUGGGAAGGAGACCCUACUGAAGAUUCAGAUGUCAAACAGGUGGUCGUUGGUGGCAUGGAGGAAUCUGCUAAAUCGAAUGAUGUUACUGUGUGCUUCUCUGUGGAGGAACUGGAUUCCUUGGAAGACGGACAAAGGGAUCAUAAUAAAAAUCUCAAGACAAAAAUUCACCAUAGUCCGAAUUUAGUGGGUUAUCUGUAUGUAAAGCCCGAGAUUGUGCCCAGAAUCAGACGAGGGGAAGGACUGUGUGUGAGCAGUGAUCUGUACACUGAAAAGAGGAGAAAUCGUGCUCGUUUAGCAGCAGGAGAGUCUGUCAGUAGAAGUGAAGAGGGGCAUCACUCGCCAGCUGGCAGAACCGGGCAAAGUUGUCUUACAGAAGGCCAUAAAACUCCUAAAAGUCGGAACCUGGAACAGCGACCAGGUCCUCCUGAAGAUGAGAGGCCAAGUGAAAGGAGGGCUAUAAUUGGUACUGACCGCGUUGCUUCCACGGCAGAACAUGACAAGCCACAGAGCGUAGGCCAACAAAGGAUCAGACGGGCAAGAAAAUACUGGUGUGGGGAGUGCGGGGAUUGUUUUAGAGAGCACUCACAUUUUCUUGAGCACCAAGCUUCCCACUCUAAACAAAAAGGCACCUUCACAGAGCAUAGACAAAGCUUACUUUCUAGUAGACAUCAAGGACUCCAAACAGCAGCUGAUUCCAGUACUUAUCCUGAGUGUAGUGUGGACAGGACAGAAGGCCCAAAGCCAGCAACGCACAGGAGGAACCCUGUAGAAGCCAAGUCGUACACAUGUAAAGACUGUGGAAAGAAUUUCACUCAGAAUGCCAGCCUUAUUGUACACCAGCGCACACACACAGGAGAAAGGCCACAUAACUGCAAAGUGUGCGGGAAGAGUUUUAUUAGCGGCUCCUAUCUGGUUAUGCACCAGCGAGUCCACACAGGAGAGAGGCCUUAUGCCUGCAACGAAUGUGGCAAGAGGUUUAUUAGUAGUUCAAACCUUAUUAUACACCAGCGGGUUCAUACUGGAGAGAAGCCAUAUCUGUGCACAGAAUGUGGCAAAUGCUUUGGGCACAGCUCCCACCUGGUCAGACAUCAGAAGGUCCAUACGGGAGAAAGACCUUUUACCUGUGCAGAAUGUGGCAAGGCCUUCUCUAGAAGCUCACAUCUGGUCAGGCACCAGAUCAUCCACAUGAGAAAUCCAGCCAAUCAGGCUGUGUGAUCUUGGACAUGUCUUGACAAUAUCAAGCUGAUGUUUGUGUAUAUGUUAUUAUAUAAAUAUUUGUGCCAAGAUUGCCUUUUUUGUGUCAAAUAGGGUUCAAAAUGUUGUGUAUCUACACCAGUGCUGCAAAAUAAACCCACAGCUAGUAGA